CAUCUUGGCAAGAGGCGAAGCGGCUGGCGCUCCUGUCAGGGGGGCAGUAGGUCCGGAGCGGCCGGUGCUCCCCUUCCCCCGACCCCAGCCCUAGCUGCAGUGGCGCCGGAGCUCGGGUGCGCCCCACCACCGCCGUCGCCAUGGUGCUGUUGGCAGCAGCAGUCUGCACAAAAGCAGGAAAGGCUAUUGUUUCUCGACAGUUUGUAGAGAUGACCCGAACUCGGAUUGAGGGCUUGUUAGCAGCUUUUCCAAAGCUCAUGAACACUGGAAAACAACACACAUUUGUUGAAACAGAGAGUGUCAGAUAUGUUUACCAGCCUAUGGAGAAACUGUACAUGGUACUGAUCACUACCAAAAACAGCAACAUCUUAGAAGAUCUGGAGACCCUAAGGCUCUUCUCAAGAGUGAUUCCUGAAUAUUGCCGAGCCUUAGAAGAGAAUGAAAUAUCUGAGCACUGUUUUGAUUUGAUUUUUGCAUUUGAUGAAAUUGUUGCCCUGGGAUACCGGGAGAAUGUUAACCUGGCACAGAUCAGAACCUUCACAGAAAUGGAUUCUCAUGAGGAGAAGGUGUUCAGAGCAGUCAGAGAGACUCAAGAACGUGAAGCCAAGGCUGAGAUGCGGCGUAAAGCAAAAGAAUUACAGCAGGCCCGAAGAGAUGCAGAGAGACAGGGCAAAAAAGCACCAGGAUUUGGGGGAUUUGGAAGCUCCACAGUGUCUGGAGGUAGCACAGCUGCUAUGAUCACAGAGACCAUCAUUGAAACUGAUAAACCAAAAGUGGCACCUGCACCAGCCAGGCCUUCAGGCCCUAGCAAGGCUUUGAAACUGGGAGCCAAAGGAAAGGAAGUAGAUAACUUUGUUGACAAAUUGAAAUCUGAAGGUGAAACUAUCAUGUCCUCCAGCAUGGGCAAGCGUACCUCUGAAGCAACCAAAGUGCAUGCUCCACCCAUUAAUAUGGAGAGUGUGCACAUGAAGAUUGAGGAAAAGAUAACACUAACCUGUGGACGAGAUGGAGGAUUACAGAAUAUGGAGUUGCAUGGCAUGAUCAUGCUUAGGAUCUCAGAUGAUAAAUUUGGCCGAAUUCGUCUUCAUGUGGAAAAUGAAGACAAGAAAGGGGUGCAGCUACAGACCCAUCCAAAUGUGGAUAAAAAACUUUUCACUGCAGAAUCUCUAAUUGGCUUGAAGAAUCCAGAGAAGUCAUUUCCAGUCAGUAGUGACGUUGGGGUGCUAAAGUGGAGACUACAAACCACAGAGGAGUCUUUUAUUCCACUGACAAUUAAUUGCUGGCCCUCAGAAAGUGGAAAUGGUUGUGAUGUCAACAUAGAAUAUGAGCUACAAGAAGAUAAUUUAGAACUGAAUGAUGUGGUUAUCACCAUCCCACUCCCAUCUGGUGUCGGCGCACCGGUGAUUGGUGAGAUUGAUGGUGAAUAUCGACAUGACAGUCGACGAAAUACCUUGGAGUGGUGCCUGCCAGUGAUUGAUGCCAAAAAUAAGAGUGGCAGCCUUGAGUUCAGCAUUGCUGGGCAGCCCAAUGAUUUCUUCCCUGUUCAAGUCUCCUUCAUCUCCAAAAAAAAUUACUGUAACAUACAGGUUACCAAAGUGACCCAGGUAGAUGGAAACAGCCCUGUAAGGUUUUCCACAGAGACCACUUUCCUAGUGGAUAAGUAUGAAAUUCUGUAAUACCAAGAAGAGGGAACCGAAAAGGAAAAUUUUCAAAUUAAUAAAGAAGAAGCCAACAGUGGCUGAAGAAUUUUUUCCAAACUUGCAAGCCAUUGGAGACCCUUUUUUUCAAAUACAGUGCACGAUUCUCUGAGCGCAAGGACCCUCAACUCACCCUCAGUGUUUCAGUGUCACAGAGACAUUCUCUGGCAACGAAAUGACACAAACAUAAAGGGAAAGGCUGCUGAUUUCUUUGGCAGAUUUUAUUGGCCAGCAGGAAAGCAAGCUCUCCAGAGAAUGCCCCCAGUUAAACACUUUGUCUCCCAUCAGCUAAGUUGUUUUUUAUUUUAAUGCCUAAAUAUAUUUCAUACUUUGUUUUUAAAAAGUUUUCUCUGCAGAAGGUUUUAAUCUUUCAUACUCCUUUCCUUUACCUUCAGUUUUUUUCUUUCUAUAUAUCCAAUCCAGCACUGAGAACAUCUGCAUAUAGGCACUGUAUUUGGCACUCCAGGAACAGGUUGAUCUAAUCCAUUCUUGAUUUCUGGACUAUGCAGGUGAACUGCUUGAGGGGUAGGGGGUCUAGAAGUUAAAAGAUAAGGAUGUCUU